AUGCUUUUUAACAACUUUAAACUCGGUUUGCAAAGGAUUGGUGCAGCAGCUGCGGUAAACAAGCAUGCGUGCGCUCAUAAUCACUCUCAUUUGAACAUGAAGAUUCAACCUAAUUUCAUGACAAAUUUGGCAAGAACUUACAAGAUCAGAACCGCUGUCAAGAAGUUUUGCUCAGAAUGUUAUAUUGCUAGAAGAAAAGGAAGAGUUUACGUCCUUUGUAAAGCUAAUCCUAAACACAAGCAAAAGCAAGCUUAA